AUGACCGACUUUCUUCAUUCAUUACGAGGUUUACCAUGUUUGAACUUUAGUAAAGAACGAAAACAAGAGUUGGAAUUAUCAAGUGAUGAUCUGAUUGAGAAUGCAUUAAAAGUAUAUGAUCAAUUUCAUGCUCAUAAACUACAUGAUCAAAUUACACAAGAAUGGCGACUUGUUAAACGAAAGAAAUCAUUACAUGUGUAUCGAGAACGUGGGAAAUCCAAGUGUCCAAUAUCUCGAAAGUAUCUUUGCAGUGGUGUGAUGCCUGGUACGGUUGAAGAUAUGGUCAAUGGUACAUAUUCCGAUGAUACGGAAAAUAUGCGCAUACGUCUUGGAAUUCUUAUGGAAAAAUAUCUCGAUGCACGUGUACUACAUGUCUUUGAAAGAAAUGAUCGAAGUGAUAGUGUAAUUUUCUCGGGAAUUAAAUGGUUAGCAAUCAAGACUCCAACAUCUGCUUCAUUAAUAUAUGAUCGUGAUAUGCUCUUUUACAGUCGAAUUGGACGUAUUGUCGAUAGUCGAGGACGUUAUUUUGUUUAUUAUGUUGUCAAUUCAAUUGAAUUAGAUGAAUUUCCAGUCCAACGACAUCAGAAUUUAGAACGAAGUUAUAUUUCAUUCUGUUAUCUCUUUCGACAAGUACAAGAUGAAUGGAUUGGUUGUUUUAUUAUUGGAACAUGUUCAUUAGAAGGAACACUUCCACGAAGUUUAAGUGAACAUAUUACUACUGAACGAAUGCUUUCAGUUGGAAAAUUUCUUAAUGUUGCUCGAGCAAAAGCAUUUUCAGCACGUAUUAUUACAAAUGCUGAUCGUUUACCAUCAACAAGUUCAUCAUGUGAUGUUUGUAUGAAGAAAAGCACAAUCUUAAGUGGAAAAUUCAAACUUUGUAUGGGAUGUCGUCGAAAUACAUGUCGAAAAUGUCGUGAAUGGUGUACUGUCUUUCGUCUUGAUUUACGAAGUCAAAAGCCUGGAAAAGAACGAUUUUGUUUACAAUGUAUUGCAGAUAUUACACGUCCAACAAUCUCAUCGUUUUAUCUUAAUAGUCUUCAGGAAUCAACAAGUAGUUCAAUGGAAUUUCAAAGUACAAAAUUGGCUUCGACAUCGACUUCAGGUAUUAAUAAACACAGUGACAAUUCACUCUCAGAUCGUUCACAAGAUAAUGAAUUGGAGGUUGGAGAAAUACCAACGAUGGAAGGACCUUUGAAUUUAGAUGGACUUGCCACUUUUAUUGAACGUGCAAGUUUAGCAAGUACAAGAGAAAUGCAAUGGAAUCAAGAUGAACUGGAGUAUUAUGUUGAGAUUUUGCGUGAAUCAGGACACUUUAAUCGGACAACUACGACGCAACAUUUGUUAUCUUUAGAUAAAAUGGACCAGAAUGAUGAGACAGAUAUAAUCUUAGAUGACACGGAGACUUUUUUUAGUGUCGAUGAAUUAGAUUGA